UGCGCUAUCGGUCAGUUUCUUACGGCUCAUGUUUUGCCUGCAUUUUAGAGCGUCAAGGCAUAGCCGUAGAUAACAUUGACCGGUGACUCGGCUUUAGUCGGUUAGUGCUCACAGCUAAAGUGCACGGAAAAUUAAGGGAAUAAGUUGGGUACACGACCGUCCGGUGGAAGCUUUAUUUUCCUGCGAAAAUUUCGUCAUUUGGCUCUACCAUUUGCGUCAUUUUUCGGAAGUUCCUGAAAUGUUUUGGUCAUUUUCCUGGACACAGCAGUCUAGAUAAAAGGAAGAGUAAAGGCAGAAGGCUAUUCACACCAUCUGACUGAGUAUCUGAGCAAGAUGAUAAGAGUUUUGUCCGGGAAGUUUGGCCAACACUGCGGCCACCAACUGAGGCAAACCGUCCGUAAGAGGGCAUCAAACUCCCGUUUUGUCGAUGUACCGCCCUCCAGCAGCGGCUCCACGCCCACCUUCCAACUUCUCCCUUGCUCCAGGCACCUCAUCGCCACUCAGGCCGCGGGCUACUCCGGCUUCUCCAAGAUGUACCAGUGCGUCCGGCCCCGUGUGCCCAUCAACGAUGCCAACGCCAGGGCGGCCUCGACUCUGAACUCGGUGAGGUCCCUGCUGAAGGUGUUCCGGAUCAGGUAUCUGGUGAUCGGAGGAGCCGUGGCCGGUGGAGUGAGUCUCAAAAUGACUUAUAAUUCUUGGAUUGAUAAGCUGCCGGACAUGUCCUGGAUUGACCGCUACACCCCAGACAGUAGUACCUUCAGGCACGCCUUGGCCGAAAUGAAGAAACUGGCCAGCCACAUCCACCUGCCGGAGAAAGGCUGGCUGAAAGGCACGCUGCCCACCAGGGAGUCCUUCCAAGGGUGGAUACCGGAAGCCAGGGAAGAUGCACUGUUGUUUGAGCAUCAGGGGUCCCUAGAUGAAGGCAGGGAAAAUAUCUCAAAGACUUUACAGUGGGCAGGAAAAGAAGGAAAAAGCUUCUUCACUUCAUUUCAAGCUGACUCAUCGGAAACAGAUGAGAAGUCCACAGAUCUGCCCGCUACACCACCCGGGCCAAGUGACAAAGAAAAGUUGGAGCAGGCCAAAGAAGAAUUUCUAGAAACCCAGUUGAGAUACCAGCGUGAGAUAGAGCGACUCGAGAGGGACAACAGACGCCUGAAGAAAUCGCUCCUGCUCAGGGGAGAUAAACACGCCAUGACACCUAAAGAAAAGAAAUCUUUGAUCGACAUGUACUCCGAAGUCCUAGAUGAGCUGGCUGGAGCUGACGAGUCAUACCAGAUGCAGGACCAUCUACCAAGGGUUGUGGUCGUCGGUGAUCAGAGUGCUGGUAAGACCAGUGUGCUGGAGAUGAUCGCCCAAGCCAGGAUAUUUCCAAGGGGCUCCGGUGAGAUGAUGACGAGGUCACCCGUCAAGGUCACGCUCAGCGAGGGUCCCCAACACGUAGCGCAGUUCAAGGACAGCAACAGGGAGUUUGACCUUUCCAAGGAGGCGGAGCUGAAGGCGUUGAGACAAGAAAUUGAGCUUCGUAUGAAGAACAGUGUGCAACAGGGGCAGACCAUCAGCACCGAUGUGAUUUCGCUGAGCGUGCGAGGGCCUGGCAUCCAACGAAUGGUCCUGGUGGAUCUUCCUGGCAUCAUCAGUACUGUAACCACCGGAAUGGCAGCUGACACUAAGGACAGCAUCCAGAGACUAAGCAAGAUGUACAUGAACAACCCCAAUGCUAUCAUACUCUGUAUACAAGAUGGUGCAAUAGAUGCCGAGAGGAGUAUAGUGACCGACCUGGUCAGUGACGUGGACCCCCAGGGCAAGCGGACCAUCUUUGUCCUGACCAAAGUGGACCUCGCUGAGAGGAACGCCGCCAACCCCAGCAGGAUAAAGCAAAUUCUUGAAGGAAAUCUCUUCCCAAUGAAGGCCCUGGGAUAUUUUGCCGUGGUUACCGGAAAAGGCAAUACAAGUGACAGUAUAGAAACAAUCCGUAAAUAUGAGGAACAGUUCUUCAGGGGAUCAGCACUCUUCAAGUCUGGUACCCUGAAGCCCAGUCAGAUGACCACACAGAACCUGAGCUUUGCCGUGUCCGACUGUUUCUGGAAGAUGGUGCAGGAGUCGGUCACGCAACAGGCUGACAUCUACAAAGCCACGAGGUUUAACUUGGAGACAGAAUGGAAGAACAAUUUUACAAGGCUCCGAGAACUUGACAGGGACGAGUUGUUUGAGAAGGCCAAAAGCGAGAUACUGGAUGAGGUGCUUUGUCUGAGUGAGAUUCAACCCAAAGUCUGGGAAGACGCUUUGUCCAAGGUUCUGUGGGAGAGGAUGUCAGGCUACGUCUUUGAGAACAUCUACCUCCCAGCUGCCCAGUCACCGGAUGCCGGGACUUUCAACACCACAGUUGACAUCAAACUCAAACAGUGGGCAGAUCAACAGCUCCCCAAGAAAAGUGUCGAUGUUGCCCUGGAAACGCUGGUGGAGGAGUUCUCCAAACUGAUCGACGCGGACAAGGUCAAGGCCAUUCACGACCCACUCUUCAACGACGUGAAGUCUGCUGUCAAGCAGGAAGGCAUCAACAGGCACAAAUGGCAGGAACAGGCAGCCGACAGUCUGAGGGUGAUGCAAGUCAAUGCCUUGGAGGAUCGGUCGGUCCACGACAAACAGCAGUGGGACGCAGCCAUCAAGUUUAUGGACAGCGUGCUGAAGAACAGACUGCAAGAAACCGACAGUCUCAUUCAAGAGCUGAUGGGCCCGGGUACCAGUGAGCGGUGGCUCUACUGGAAAUCACUCACAACCGAACAGAGCAACAGGAGGCAUGCUAAGGAAGAACUCGAGAAACUUCUACAAGCUUCAGAGAAGCACCAACCUGUGCUGUCCAGUGACGAGGUGACAGCCGUUAAGAAGAACCUUGAAACCAAGGCUGUGUCCGUGGACAGUGAGUUUAUACGAGAGACUUGGCACCCUCUCUAUCGGAAAUAUUUCCUUCAGAAGGCCAUCAACAAAGCUCAGGAGUGCCGCAAAGGGUUCUUCCAUUACCAGCGGGGAUUCAGCGAUUCUGGGAUGGAAUGCCACGACAUUGUCCUGUUUUGGAGGAUACAGAAGAUGCUUCAACUCACCAGUAACGUCCUACGACAGCAAAUCAUGAACACUGAAGCAAGGCGGCUGGAGAUGGAGGUUAAGCAAAUCCUGGAAGACUUUGGCGACGACUCAGAUCUCAAGGCUCGACUUCUCAAAGGCAGGAGGGUGGAGCUCGCCGAGGAACUCAAGAGAGUCAGACGGAUUCAAGAGAAGCUGGAAGACUUCAUCGCUGCCCUCAACAAGGAGAAAUCCAGAUGACCACAGCCCUCUGUCCUUCUUAUCUCUUGGGACCCCCCUACACUGUGUUUCUGUAAAAAUCACAAUGACUCCCUGCUCAACAUUAUUUAAAAACUUGUAGAAAACAAAGUACUCAAGUGAGCUGACGAAACUUGUGGUUGCUGGCUGUCUCAUGUUGUAUUUGAUAAACCUGUUGGGAAGCAUGGAUGAAUGUGCUUGAGUAGGCAAGCACGUUUACAGGUGAUGUAUCUCUUGGGUCGAAGUAGGAGUCAGUCUGCCGGGGAGGGGUCACCAAAAGACCUCAUACGCUUGAGGGAGGCACUAUCAGUGGGUGUGGUCAUAGUUGCAGUUGUAUCCACCAGGGGUAAUAGGGGACAGACAUCAAGCUCCCCAUGCCCCAUGGUUCACCCCUCGUACCCCACCCCCUUGGACACAUCACUGCCCCAGGGUGAUGUAGACUGAAGUUGAACACUGCACUGCAGUUUGGUAGAAUGGAAAUUCGGGAUGUGAUAAUGCUUGCUAAAGGGUUAGUUCUUGAUGAAAUAAUAAGAAUGUUUAGAGGUUUGCAUGAUGUAAAAGUUGCCAUGUACAUAGACGUGUUAAACUUUGGUGGUCAUUGUACACUGAGAAAUUCCCAUUGAUGAUUAUUUUUACGAGGCACACACUGAACCUCAACUAAAUGCAAAACUCUCCUAUCUGUGGUCAUUCUUAUCAUAUUGUUCCCCUCCAUCAUGUGCAUUUUGACAGGUAAAUUGACCAUUAGCAAAAACUCCAAGCCAUGAAUGAAAUUUGGUCAUUUUUUUCUCUUCAGACGCGCACACCCUCACACGCAAGUGAAAAUUGCGUGGUGGAAUUUCGGUGUCUGGUUUGUGACUCAACGCAAGAUGUCUUUUGGGGUCCCACUAAGAAAUCUUGUGAAUUUCUUUUGUUGGCCGCCUGUGCAUUAGAAAAUGGGCUACUUACUUGUCUUCGAAUGGAGAACAUUUUUCCUCUGGACAAGCAAAAGGACAAGAUUUCAGCCUUCUUUUUUAUGGUCGACAGAGUUUUUGCCAUCGUACUCAAAAAUAGUCCAUCUCCUUUAUCUGCCUUGAGUGGACUUAACGUUUGGCCCACUGACUCCGGGCCAUUCCUUCCCUUUUCUGUUGAAUAAGUUGAAAUAAAAAUUUGAGACUGUACACGUUUUUGCUUCUGCAAAUCGUGAAUAUUUAUGAUAAUAAAUAUGCAUCGUUAAAAAAAAGUGCACAGGUGAUUGAAAUAUGAGCCCUGAGCAGAUGUGUUGUUGAUCAACAGCAGCCGGUGAACAUAGUGAAAUAUACGUUCCCAUCCAAAUAAACCUACUUACAAAGGUUUGCGAAUGUUGAACAAGCUUCAGUGUCUCCAUUGAAUAUGAUCUGAGACCUGGAUCGUAAACAGAGGGAUGAAUGAAUUAGUUCAAAAUAUGAAAACAUUCUAGUUUUUAUUUGCUCUGGUUGAGUAAUAUGCAUUGACAAGCUUCAUUUUUUUCCCUCUCGAUCAAUUUAAUCUAGGGUGGGAUCCCACUCAUGAGUUGUAGCAUUUUCAAGUUGGGGGCAAAUUGUUCAUUUUAUAUCUAUAGCAGGACACUUGUGUUUAAGUGUCCCGUUGUUUGGACCGUAUCAGAUUGAGAUGAAUUUAUUUAAUGUGGCCAUUUUUUCUAUACACGUUUUGUUUAUAUUUUGACUUUCGAAGUUAUACGGCCAUUUAUUUGAUGUUUUAACGGUAGGUUUUGAUUUUGGGUGGAAAUUUGACCAGAAGUAUCCAGUGGCGUAGCCACGGGGGGGCAUGUUCCCCCCCUUUCCCGGUGACCCCCCCUAAAAUAUUGAACAAGGCUAACAAAAGCUUCCCCCCCCAAAAAAAAAACACCCCACUGAAAGCUGGUACCCCCCCAUAAGAUACUGGUGCCCCCUUGUGCCCCCCUAGUAACAUCCUAGCUUCGCCACUGGAGGUAUCGUGGUCGGGUGUAAUUUAGAGGCACUUGGUUCAAAUCAUGAAUAAAUAUGGAGAUACCCUGCAAUAUCUUAUCAAGUUUGUCAACCUUCCAGUAUGGAGAGUUGGAGCUUUGUUAAUGGUUUUGCGUUUGGCGUUCGCUAGCUCUCUGAUUGGUUGGCGUCUCAACUUUUGGAGAAGGCCAACUGUCCAAUCAGUGAUUCUGUGCGUUCGCCAAUCAGUCUGUUGGUUAGUCAGUUCUGUUUAAUAUAGUCCAUUGGUUUGCAAAACGGCCACAUGGUGCGUUGCUUUUGGCCUUUGGCCAGCCGUGUCCGUCACAUUCACAAAAUAACAGUUGCAGCCAUGUUGUUGAUGUAAAUAAACCCAAGUUACAAAUUCCAA